AUUCAUGCAGUGAAUCUGAAUCAAUCGCAGCGCAUUCUUUUCUGCAUGUUACAAUAAGCUAUUGAGUACGAAAGUAUUUUUACAUCAGAAAAUUUUCAAAUACGGAGCAGUCUACAUUUUGGAACAGUUGUUGGUACUGAAUGAAAUGAUUUGAUCACACAAACAACCAAUCCUUGUAAUAAACAGAAGAUCUUUGACAGUUAAACUUCAUGUAAUAUUUCAAUAAAAUUACCGUCGAGAAGGGUUUGCUGAUGUUGCGUUUCUUCAGGAGAAAGGCAUUGUUGUUGCGGAUGAUCAUCCAGUUCAGAUGGGACGACAUCUUGUCAGGCCUGCAAUGAAAAAUCAUAGUUUAGAACAUUGCAUAUUUAUCGAGAUACUCUCACGUAUAAGAAAACCAAUGAUAGGUUUCCUCGUUAUGCCUCAAGGUCAUCUCAUUUUUUCGCGAAUCCCACAUUCUGGGAUCGAAAAACGCGUGGAGUAAGCGCGAGCACAUAACCUCGAUAGAGAUCAAAAACUCUGCCACGUGCUCCGAUUUCGCAGCGAUUUUCGGCCACGCAGAUUUUCACGGCAAUAAACAAAGAGAACAAUCGAACUCCGCAGUUUACGAUUUUCACGGAAUUUCUCGAAAAAUCAACCCUUAAAUCGUGUAAAAUUGAAUAAAAUUACCUGCUUCUACUGAUUCUCGUAAAAGCUGAUGCGGAAAGAGGAAGAGCGAGGGAAGCUGCUGCUUCCGAAAAUCAACGUCGACGUCAGCGCCACUUGAGCCAGGUUCGACAACGUUGCGACUCCAAAGACGCCUGUAAAAAAAUAUACACGUGCGGUGCGUUGUCAACAAGGCACAUGUUUCGGCUUUAAACAAUUAGUGAUUAUUGUUAAAUUAUGGCGAAAAAAGUGUUGAAAAGGAAGAGGAAAGAGGCGGAGAAGACCGAGGCAGAGGAGAAAAAAGUCGAGUUGCCACCGGCUAAGAGGUUUUCCGACGAACCCGUUCCCAAAAAGACAAAAUGGGUAAACAGACAAAGGGUACUGGUCUUUGCCUCUCGAGGAAUCAACCACAGGGAUCGUCAUCUUAUGGAUGAUUUAAAGACUUUAAUGCCACAUCACAGACCAGAGUCCAAAAUGGAAAGAGCAAAGAACUUGCAAGUUGUCAAUGAAAUAUGUGAAAUGAAGAAUUGCAAUAAAGCAGUUAUGUUCGAGGGUCGGAGAAAAAGGGAUUUGUACAUGUGGUUGUCCAAUGUAUCUCAAGGCCCCUGUGCUAAAUUUCUUGUAGAAAACAUUUACACAAUGGGAGAGUUAAAAAUGACUGGAAAUUGUUUAAAGGGUUCCCGGCCAUUGCUUUCUUUUGAUGAAAACUUCAACUCUGCACCUCAUUACACCGUUUUAAAAGAAUUAUUGUCUCAAAUAUUUGGUGUUCCUAAUCAUCAUCCAAAGAGCCAGCCUUUCUUUGAUCACGUAUAUACUUUUAGUAUUUUAGAUAAUAGAGUCUGGUUUAGGAAUUAUCAAAUUAUUACAGAAGAGGGUGAACUAGCUGAAAUAGGACCAAGAUUUGUGUUAAAUCCAGUAAAAAUAUUUGCCGGCAGUUUUGGAGGAGAAACUUUAUGGGAUAAUCCCAACUACAUCUCACCUGCUAAGUACCGACAAACUAUUGCUAAGAAGGCUGGUGGAAAGUACAUGAACAGAUUAGAACAAAAAGUGGCAGCCCAAGCAAAUAAGCCGGAAGAAUCCUAUGCUCUUAAUCCAAUGGAUGAAAUAUUUAAAGGAGAAUUGCUAAAAAAAGCUGAAGAAAUUGAUGAGAAAGAAAACAAGGCCGAUUCAAAUACAGAACCGGCAGAGCUUCAGACAAAAAAACCUAAAAAAAAUAAGUUAAAACAGAAAAAACAAAAAUUAGGAGGUAAAGCAAAAAUUACCUCUGCUGUAAACUCAUCUAAAACUACAAAACCUACGAAAAAGAAAUUAGGUCUGAAAAUUAAAAAGAAAUCUAUUGUAAAUAAAAAAAAAUAAGUUAGAUAAAUAAAAGUAUUUUUUUUAUUCAAUAUUUGUAUUAUAUAUUUCGGAAUACACACGUUAUGUUUCAAUAAAAUAUAAGUAGUACAUUA